CUAAAAUGUCAAAUUGGAAUUUUGUGUACAUUUUCAUAUACCAUUCCACGUCAUUUUCGGUCGAAUCCAGAAAAUUACGAAUUUAACACGAAAUAUCGUUAUCUACGGUUAUAAAAACAUAAAAAGUUCAAUCUCUAACCCGACCAGAUUCUAAAAAUCUUAAAAUGAGUCGCCAAUCCAACGAAGUGGACGAGCUAUUCGAUGUGAAGAAUUCCUUCUACAUAGGCAACUAUCAACAUUGCAUCAAUGAAGCGAACAAGAUUUCUAAACCAUCACUGGAGAAGGACAUCUUCAUGUAUCGGGCGUACAUAGCUCAGAACAAAUUCCGGGUGGUGCUGGACGAAAUUAAGGCCAACAAUGACACCCCGCUGUUGGCGAUCCGCUAUCUGGCCGAGUACCUGUCCAACAAGUCCCGGAAGGAAGCCAUCGUGGCGCUGUUCGAUGAGAAAUUCAAGGGUGACAUCAACGCACUCGAUGUGCUGUGGAUCAUCGUCGGGUCGAUUAUUUACAAUAACGAAGGCACCUACGAGUCGGCUUUGAAAAUCCUGCACGGUAACUACCAUCUGGAGUGCCUGUCGCUGCAGCUUCAGUGCCUUCUGCACAUGUCCCGGGUAGAUUUGGCCAAGCAAGUGUUGCAGACGAUGCAGGAAAAGGAUGAUGACGCCACCUUGACGCAAUUAUCCCAAGCAUGGCUCAACAUUCAGUUGGGUGGUGAAAAGUUGCAAGACGCAUUCUUCAUCUUUCAAGACUUUUGCGAUAAAUUUUCUCCCUCUUUGUUGUUGCUAAACGGACAAGCCGUUUGCUACAUCGGCCAGCAGAAGUACGACGAUGCGGAAAACGUGCUCCGAGAAUGUUUGAAUCGGGAUCCCAACAACUACGAUGCGCUGAUAAACUUGCUAGUUCUGUCACAGCAGAAGGAAAAAACCAACAGCCAAUUUAGUCGUUAUCUGUCCCAGCUGCUUGAUGAGCACAAGGACAGUGCUCUGGUUUCCAACUACAACCGCAAACAGUCGGAGUUUGAUCGAUUGGUGUUACAAUAUGGGCCAUCAAAUAACAAGUCCGUUGAGGAUAUUGUAGCUUAAGUUGUCACUUUCAUGUAUUUCUCCGAUUCAAAUGAACUGUAUUUUAAAUAUAUUGUCUUACAAUACUA